AUGCCGGCGAGAUUUGUAAUUUUGACGGAGCAUCAGCCCAUACUCUCUGAGAAGCUGCGGUCUUAUGACACGGCAGAUGCCAAGGGUUGCAAGACUCUGGUUCAGAGCUUGCGCCAGAAGCUGAAGACACAGUUUGUCGACACGUCAAAUUAUGACGACAUCAUUGUGGAAACUAAAAUCCGAGAGUGGCUCAAUAACCACGCCCGCCAUGCGCAGGAGAAAGCGACGAAAAAGCGUAUGCAUGUUUCUGGCAAGCCCAAUGCCUUCAAGGUGUGGGAUGCGCUGGAGAGGGACAAGGUGACUGAGGCAGCAAGAGCACUCAUGGCAGAAAAGGGUUGCAAUGUCUCCAAGGUGUGGAGAGUCGCACGGAGUGCCGAAUGGGCAAAACUGUCCGAGGAGGAGCAGAAGGUGUAUGAGGAAAAGGCAGAGAGUUGGCGCAAUGGCACUCUAGAUGAUAAGACAAAAAUGAAGCUGAGGGAGCAGCGAAUGAUGCAAUAUCUGAAGAAGUUUGCCAAGACUAUGUGGGACACCAUGGGCAUUCGCAUGGCAUUCAUGCUAGCAUAUCCGAAGGAAGCGGGGAGUCUGAAGGUAGAGAUGGUGGAGGUUAACCAUGCCAUCACCAAUGGAACUCCAUUCGGGGUCUAUCCUGGGUGGCUGCGUGCUUACCAGCCUCUAGCAAAGGUGUUCUCUGAGUGGGCCAAAGGCGAAUACGCUGUGACUGAGACUAUGGUGACGGUGAAGAAGACACCUGCCGAUUGCAUGCAGGCCAUGGACAAGAUUUGGUUGACUGCCAAUGGUUUUCCUCUGCUCCCGUCAGUGCCCGAAGCAUUGGCAAAGGGUGUUUGGAACUGCAAGUCGCCAUGGACGAAGCUGAACAGCAUAGACGACAUCAAUGAGUUUAUUCCAGCGGAGAUGCUACCUGAGAACUUCCAGUGGAUCGAUCCCUCAAAGUUGACAAGUGUUCCCGUUUGUGCCCUCCUCGACCACUGGCGGGCAUGCCAAGAGGAACAUGGACCUGAGCAGACCAUGCGAUUCACCCAGUACUUCGACAAGGAUGGCGAAGCUGCUCCCGCCAAGUAUGAUCCUCUUCCACCACUUGACGGAUCAGCACAGGCAUUAGAAGAAGGAUCUGAACAUGAGGUCCAAGAAGCACUCACACCUAAGAAGGCGGGGAAGGCGAAGAAGAAGGGUAAACCUGUGCGCAAGGUCACGGGAAAGGCGGCAUUGAAGGCGACAAAGGGCAAAGCGGCCCCUGGCGGAGCCAAAGGCGGUGGGCGUAAACGCAAGACAAAAGAUGCAUACGACUCGGAAGAUGAUGCCAGAAGCAGCCAAGACUCUGAUCAGAGUUCGCCAGAUAUACCCAGCAUGGCUUCCGAAGAAGAUACGGCCAGCGAUGAAGAUUCAGGGGAUGGCGAGAGCGUGAUUGCAAAUAAAGCGAAGGGCAAGGCAGUCGCCACCACCAAUGGACGUAAGGCUAACAAUGGUGGUGCACCUCAAGCGAGUGGUAGCGGCGGUGCCAAGAUGAAGGCAAAGCGAGGUCUCCAAGACCUUCCUCUGGGCGAACUGCACAGAUUUGACACAGAGGAGACCGAUGAAGCAUGGAGUGAACUGGAGCCCAGUACAAAGGAGCUCAGGCUUAUGCUUCAAGGCCGAGCCCCACGUCUCACUGGCGGGAGUACUGUGGGGAGUACUGUGCCCCACCUCAUCAAAAGGAGAGACGUGUUUCUCGCCACCCUUUCCGUCAAAACGCGAUACCAGGAUAUGCUGAAGCAAGUCAAGAUUGCGACUGUGCCCCAGGUGUAUCAUUUUGCCAGGUAUGAUCCGAUUCCCUGGAGCGAAUGGUCAUAUAGCCAGUGCUACCUCCCGCCUUCAUUCCAUGCAGUGGACAACUUUGACAUCGUCAAGAACUGGUUGGGCGACAAACCAUGGCUCACAAAAUAUUGGUUCUUACAUCCACAGGGCGUACAACAAUCUGCACUCGUGAUUGGUAUGGUGCUGAGGGACCUCACACGAUCUCAGUUUAUUGAGGAGGGCGAACCGACCAACCUUCCCGACUAUGUGGUGAACUCGGCGAUCUCACUUGAUGCAGUAGAGCAGCUGCUUCACUGUUACGAGAUCAUUACCUUGGACAGGGUGGAAGGGAACGUCACCCAUGCCAUGGUGAAGCCAGUGAGCAAGCCUGCCAUACCUGGUGCCCCACAAGGUGGCGAUGGCCUUGGGGGCCAGGAGGAGCAGGAAGGUGAUGCCUCUGCAAGAACUCACGAUGGCACUGCUACCACUGCCAAAGUUCACAAGGCUCACCAGCCUGCCCCCAUGGCUGACAACCCAAUCAUUCCAAGUGGAGGAGAUGAAGGGCCGCACCAGGAGACCGGUGGCGGGGCCUCUGAUGAUGGCAAAGAGAACGAUGCACACUUGUCCGUACCUAGCAGUGGUGCUGAACGACUGCCACUGCCUCCGUUUAUACCUAAGACGAGGAAGGUGUCAGCCAUGGAAGGCCGUCCGUCAGGUCAAGCCAAAGCGCUCCAGGGAAGUCAGCGUCAAGCGAUGGAUGAGUUGCCCGCCAAGAAUACCCGCAGUCAGCAUCCACUAGGAGCUGUUAAAGAUUUGAAGAAGCUUCCUGAUCCAAAGCAGAAAUGUCAACCAGCAUGUCCCGAGCCUGAUGGCGAAGACAGCUCUGGCGAAGACAAUCUGCCACCUUGGAAGCGUGGACAUGGUACUUGGGACGAGUUGGUAGUGGCCUAA